AUGGCUCCCAGUCCGUCAGCCUCGGCGCGCCAACCGCUGAAAAUCCUCAUGCUCCAUGGCUACACCCAGUCUGGAUCCCUGUUCCACGCAAAGAGCCGCGCCCUAGUCAAACACAUCCAAAAGGCCUUUCCUCUGCACGAAGUCUCCGCAAUCUACCCAACCGGGCCCCUCCGCCUAAAACCCAGCGAUAUCCCCGGCUACGAGCCGUCCGAGGGAGGCGGAGAACCAGAAGACGAAAUUGAAGCAUACGGGUGGUUCCGCCGAUCCAAUACAGCCACACCCCCUCUAUACCAGGGCUUAGAAGACGGUCUCGCCGCCGUGGCCAAGGUUCUCUCAGAAGAGGGCCCCUUCGACGGCGUGAUUGGAUUCUCGCAAGGCGCCGCCAUGGUGGGCAUGAUCGCGGGGUUGUUGGAGACUGGGCGGCAAGAGGCCUUUGCGAAGUUUGAGAAAGAUGAGUCUGAGGGUGCGCCGGGGAUACCCUUCCCAGCGUCCUUUGCUGCGCUCCAGCAUCCGCCGUUCAAGUUUGCGAUUGCGUAUAGUGGGUUCCGGUCUCCGGGGGCGCGGUAUCGUGGGUUCUACGAGAGUCCUCCUGUUCAGACGCCAGUGUUACAUGUGCUGGGAUCUUUGGAUGCGGUUGUGGAGGAGUCAAGGAGUCGUGCGUUGAUUGAGGCUUGUGCCGGUGAGCCGGAGAAGGAUGGUUUGGUGGUUUGGCAUCCCGGUGGUCAUUUUUUGCCGAGUCAGCGGCCAUACUUAGAUGCUGCUGUGCGGUUCAUUCGAGAACAAUUGGAGAAGAGCGGUGGGGGGAAGAAGGCAGAUGAGGAGGAUGUUAACGACAUGGAUGUUCCUUUCUAG